AUCUGCAAAUACUGCGGUACACACCACACGCACCACGCACACACAGCCUAAUCUCCCACCUCGACUUCCAGUCCGUUGUUGAACUAAACUGACCUCUCAUCCAAUCUCCAAAAGGCGAGCCACUUGCACUCGCACACUGUCUGUCACCUCAUCCAAAAGACACAUCGUCAGCCCAUCUACAACGCCAUAUUGUCUGCCCCCCCCCCUUCCACGCAUAAUUCAACAGCUUCCGAUCACCCUUUCAAUCGUACAUUUUUGCCCUGCAUUGUCUCGUGGAGGAUGCGACAAUAAAGUCGUAAACCCCGCGCCUGCUAUCGUCGUGCAAUCGCACCUUACCUAACCAGGCUUGCACGAAGGCCAGUCGCAGCUACCUCACUCUACCCGACGUGGGGAGAUUGGGUCCCGACUACCCCCGGAUCGUAACUACCGUCGAAUCAUUGCCUUGCACUCAUCUUGACAGCGCUCCCCUCUCGCGCCUUUCCCUGCACUACUACCGAAGCCCGCACCGCCUGCCGUGUCCGCCGGACGUCGUCAAUUACCCGAGGGUGAACGAGGGAGAAAAAAAAAGGAAAACCCGAUCCAGACUCGGUCUGGCCAGGUCCCAGAACCACCCGCCCCCAGACCAUACACACGCAGCGAGACCAGGCCGGCCGUCGUGUCCCACCCAACGAGCGAAUCUUGACGAAGAAGGAACAAUACAAAAUGGGGAACAACCCCUCGUCGUCGUCCAAGCCCGCGACGCCUGUCUCGUCACAGGACUCACCCAAGCACCACCACCAACACCAUAAGAGGGAAUCCAAACACAUCAUACCGCCCCGAUCCGCUGAGCGAGUCGCUGCCCCGCCCGAGCCCUCCCUCACCCAGGCACAAGGUUCCACGGCCACAAAGGGCCCCAAGCCUCUCCAGGCUAUUCCAAUUUCCAACUUCACCACCGGCUCUCCCUCGUCGAACUCGAGUAACUCCGCCCCGCAACCGAAGCCCCCCGAAUCCAAGAACGUCGUCCGCGAUGCGCCUAGCAAGCCCGUAGACGUUCCUGCUGCUGCCGCCGCGACCGAAUCUUCCUCCCUCCGGUCCCAUUACUCCGCCCACAUGAUCGAACCAGCCUUGGUCGGGAACAGCAGCGUGAACGACAUGUCGUAUCUGACACGUCCGCCGCGCAUGCCGCUCCCCAUCGAAGAAGAGAUACACACUCCCGGCUCGCCCAUUAUCGCCCCCGCCGAUGCCAACGAUGCCAGCGUUGCCGAGGUGGAAACCCUCGAGGAUGGCAUGACAAGGAAGUCGUCGGCGCUGAGCACAAACACUGUCGAAGAAGAAGACGGCGAGGAGUUGAUUGUCGAUAAGACGAGGCCCACGGUGCCGACACGUCUCGAAUGGCGUAAGGGAGGAGGCAAGAUCUACGUCACGGGAACCAUCUUCCAAUGGAACCGCAAGCAUAGAUUACAUCCUGUCGACGGGCAACCCGGCGUGUUUGCGGCGACGAUUCACAUCCUCCCAGGUACACAUCAUGUUAGGUUCCUGGUGGACGGAAUAAUGCAGACCUCGCCUGACUUGCCAACAACUGUGGAUUUUGGAAACAAUUUGGUCAACUUCAUUGAAGUCAGCGCAGACGACCUGCCGGCGAAGGCGCCCGUUGAGCCUGGAAAGGACGGCGUCGCCUCGGCAGCCACCGUUGACAAAGGCGGUGUCAAAACGUCUGCAUCGCAAGCCGACGAGCAACCCAAGCCCCCUAGAGGCAGAGAGGUGCCAUCGCCGAGCCAGUACUUUCAGCAAAUACCCAAGUACCUGGUGGAUUUCGACCAGCCCGAGGACUCGCCGGCAUAUCAGUACGCGGUGACGGCUAUCGAGAAAUUGCCGACUCCCCCCAGUUUACCUGGCUUCUUGGGCAAGCCCAUUCUGAACGCUGCGGUGCUCAUGAAGGAUGACAACAGCGUUCUUAACAUGCCCAACCAUACUGUUCUUAACCACCUUGCAACCAGUAGCAUCAAGAACAACAUUCUGGCGGUCUCGGCCACAACACGCUACAAAAACAAGUACGUCACGACAAUCAUAUAUAAACCCACUACGACAGACGAUUAGCCAAGGAAAGGCCUGGAGUUGCGACUAUCCUCUUGGAUUUCGCCACCCGAACGAUAUACCGUGCAUCACUACAAAUGGUGUGAUAUAUGAUGGUCUGGGGAGUUAUUUGCCACUCAAAGCCAUGGGGCAACGGAAUUGAACUGGCAUAAUGCGCCGUAUUGACCGAUAAGGAGUA